GGCCAGGAUGACGGGGUACCCUGCCGGGGGCCUGCAGCUUCCUCCUGGGGCCCCAAACAGCAAGGUAGGGGCUGGGAUGCCCCGACCCCGGGCUUGGGGAGAAGCUGGCGCGGAGCAGGCGCCCUGGAGCAGGGUCUCUGGGGUCCCGGGAGCAGUCACGUGUUCCCGAGGCGCCUCUAAAACCCCCGCUGCUCCCCGCUCCUUCCUCCCUACCCCCACCACUUUCCCACCGCCACCUUCAGGUCCUCCCCCUGCAGCCGCCGCUCGCUCGGGCGCAGGAGCGACCGCGUUCCCGGGAACCGAGGCACCAGCACCGGCCCGGGAGCCCCGAGGACUGUGAUAUGGAUUUAGAGCUCCAGGACUUUUAUAACAAGACACUUGCCACUGAGAACAGUACUGGGGCCCCUCGGAGCUCUGAUUUCCCAGUGUGGGAUGACUAUAAAAGCAGUGUAGAUGACCUGCAGUAUUUUCUGAUUGGACUUUACACAUUUGUGAGUCUUCUUGGUUUCAUGGGGAAUCUCCUUAUUUUAAUGGCACUCAUGAGAAAGCGUAACCAGAAGACUACAGUAAACUUCCUCAUAGGAAAUUUGGCCUUCUCUGAUAUCUUGGUUGUGUUGUUUUGCUCACCUUUCACACUGACCUCCGUCUUGCUGGAUCAGUGGAUGUUUGGCAAAGUCAUGUGUCAUAUUAUGCCUUUUCUUCAGUGUGUUUCAGUUCUGGUCUCAACUUUAAUUUUAAUAUCAAUUGCCAUUGUCAGGUAUCAUAUGAUAAAACAUCCUAUAUCUAAUAAUUUAACAGCAAACCAUGGCUACUUCUUGAUAGCUACUGUCUGGACGCUAGGUUUUGCGAUUUGUUCUCCCCUUCCAGUGUUUCACAGUCUGGUGGAACUUCAGGAAACAUUUGGCUCAACACUGCUGAGCAGCAGGUAUUUAUGCGUUGAGUCGUGGCCAUCCGAUUCAUACAGAAUUGCUUUUACCAUCUCUUUAUUGCUAGUUCAGUAUAUUCUGCCCUUGGUGUGUCUAACCAUAAGUCAUACCAGUGUCUGCAGGAGUAUAAGCUGUGGGUUGUCCAACCAAGAAAGCAAACUAGAAGAAAAUGAGAUGGUCAACUUAACUCUUCAUCCAUUCAAAAAGAGUGGGCCUCAGGGGAAACUUUCCAGCAGCCAGAAAUGGAGCUAUUCAUUCAUCAGAAAACACAGAAGAAGAUACAGCAAGAAGACAGCGUGCGUGUUACCUGCUCCAGCAAGACCUUCUCAAGAGAACCGUUCAAGAAUGCUUCCGGAAAACUUUGGGUCUGUAAAAAGUCAGCUCUCGUCAUCCAGUAAGUUCAUACCAGGAGUCCCCACCUGCUUUGAGAUGAAACCUGAAGAAAACUCAGACGUUCAUGAAAUGAGAGUAAACCGUUCGAUCAUGAGGAUAAAAAAGAGAUCUCGAAGUGUUUUUUAUAGACUAACCAUAUUGAUAUUGGUGUUUGCUGUUAGCUGGAUGCCACUACACCUUUUCCAUGUGGUAACUGAUUUUAAUGAUAACCUUAUUUCAAAUAGGCAUUUCAAGUUGGUGUAUUGCAUCUGUCAUUUGUUAGGCAUGAUGUCUUGUUGUCUGAAUCCUAUUCUGUAUGGAUUUCUUAAUAAUGGGAUCAAAGCUGAUUUAAUUUCCCUUAUACAGUGUCUUCAUAUGUCAUAAUCCCAAAUGUUUAUCAAGGAAAGAACAAAUGUUGGGAUGGUCUAAAACACAUUCACAAUAACUAUUUAUGUGUAGUAAACACGUUUUAGUAACAUGAAAUUCAAUUUAUGUAUAAGAGUUCUGGAUUUGAAUGUCAAUUCAUAAUAUAUGGAAGAUAAUUUUCAUGUGUUAUAUAUAAUAUGAUGAGUUCAUUUAGUUACAUAAAGUCAAUGUCAGUACACUCUGUAAUUUCAUUUUAAAUAUGGGGCACCUGGGUGGCUCAGUCGGUUGAGCGUCCGACUUUGGCUCAGGUCAUGAUCUCGCGGUCCGUGAGUUUGAGCCCUGCGUCGGGCUCUGUGCUGACAGCUCAGAGCCUGGAGCCUGCUUCAGAUUCUGUGUCUCCCUCUCUCCCUGCCCCUCUGUCACUUGUGCUCUGUCUCUCAAAAACUAAAUAAACAUUAAAAAAAUUAAAUAGUAGUUAUAUUAAGUUUCAUUUAAUCUUGUCUUGUAAACGAAUAAAUUGUAAUUUUUAUUUAAAAUAAAAGUUAUAUCGAACCAA